AUGUCAAAAUCAGCACGGAUAAUAUCAAUCUUCAUCAUCUCCUGCCUAGCAAUUGCGAAAGCUUCCACGCGAUAUGAUUACUGCGUUCUUGGUGCUGGUCCUGGCGGAUUGCAAAUUAGUUAUUUUAUGCAUAAAGCCAACAGAAAUUAUAUCAUAUUUGAAAGAAAUAGCAUAGCAGGUUCUAGUUUUACCAAGUUUCCUCGCCAUCGCUAUUUAAUUUCCGCUAAUAAAAGAUUUACCGGAACUAAGAAUAUCGAAUUUAACUGGCGGCAUGAUUGGAAUUCAUUAAUAAGCCAUAACGAAUCUUUAGUUAUGACACGAUAUUCAGAAUUGUACUUUCCACACGCGGAUGAUUUAGUUCGCUACUUUGUGGAUUAUGCUAACGAAUUGAAAUUGAACAUUCGCUAUAACACUCGAAUAUCUCGUAUUUCAUCAAUCCAAGAUCCAAUGAAUCAAAAUAAAAAAGUCUUUGAAUUCCGUGAUGCUAAUGGCAAUACUUAUCACUGCAAUGCCUCCAUCAUAGGUACGGGUAAUGCUGCCGCUAAUAUUCCUAAAGAUGCCAUCGGCAUUGAACAUACUGUUGGCUACGAAAGCGUUUCCACGGACCCUAAAGAUUUCAAAGGCCAAAAUGUUCUCAUUUUAGGAACAGGUAAUUCGGCCUUUGAAAUAGCUAAAGUUAUAUCUUCUUCUACCAACUAUAUCCAUAUUACCGGAAGGUCUGAACUGCGUCAAUCAUGGUCUACACACUAUGUUGGCGAUGUCAGAGGGGUUAAUCGACAACAUCUCGACGGCAGUCAGUUAAAAUCAUUGGAUGGCAUUACAUAUGGCGAUAUUAAUCGAUUCGUUAUUGUGAAAGGAAAAAAUAAUAAAUUGCAAAUAUAUCUCAAAAACGUGACCAAUAAUCAAGUCCUUGGACCCGUGGAAGAAAAUUCUCCUUUCAGAAAGGAAUAUGAUCAUAUUAUUCGAUGCCUUGGAUUUACACACGAUGAAUCCAUUUAUGAUGCCUCUGCGCAUCCUAUCAGUGGUGAAGGAAAACUUCGAAAAUAUCCUAAAAUUCAUCCAAACUUUGAAUCUGUUAACGUCCCUAAUAUGUUUUUCGUUGGAGCUAUAGCACAUUCUCUAGACUUUCGUAGAUCAUCUGGAGGUUUCAUUCAUGGAUUCCGCUACUCCGCCAUUGUAGCACAUCAUAUGAUGGAAUGGAAGUACCAUGGCAUUCCUUGGCCGUCGAAAACAAUAUCUACUAACGGAAUGCUUCCAAAUUUGCUCAAAAGAAUUAAUCAGGCCUCGGGACUAUAUCAAAUGUUCAGUAUCCUAACUGAUGUCAUCCUUAUAGAUGAUAGUGGGAAUCAUAAAUACUUAGAAGAUAUUCCAAUCCGUGCUAUACCAAAUUUAAAAAAGCUAACUGGUGUUCCUGCUACCAGAAGAAUGCUUAUUAUGGCUUUUGAAUAUGGAAAGGGCUUUGCUGGUCCCCGAACUGAUACUCUUGGCCCAGAUCGCGUUAACGCAGAAUGGCAAAUUGCACAUAAAUGUAACUUUAUCCACCCUAAAAUAUAUUAUUACGAUCAUCCAUUAACAGGUAAAUUUAAGCUUGUUGCUACCUACUACUAUGGUACAUUACCGACACCAAAAAAAAUACAUCAUGUUGUUGAAGACUUUUUGACAGAAUGGGAUAGUAUGCAAGAUCACGUUAUUCCGCUUAAGAAAUAUCUGCAAACUGUGAUGGCUGAAGACCUCACACAUUAUUAUUAUUAUUCGUGCUUAAAGGUAAAUCCAAUCGAUAUCAUAAUUCAAAUAUAA